AUGUCCGGGAAUUAUUAUUUCGUCAUCGUUGGCCACAACGACAAUCCAAUCUACGAAAUUGAAUUUCUCACCGCUGCAAAAGCCAAUGAUCCAAAAGACCACAAGCAUUUGAAUCAGUUCAUAGCCCAUGCAGCUCUCGAUUUAGUGGACGAACAAAUGUGGGCUUCGAACAGCAUGCAUCUCAAAGUCGUCGACAAGUUCAAUGAAUGGUUCGUGUCUGCUUUUGUCACUGCAUCCCGCAUGAGAUUUCUAAUACUUCACGAUAUAAAGAAUGAUGACGCCAUCAAGAAUUUCUUCCAAGAUGCUUAUGAACUCUUUGUAAAACAUUCUAUGAACCCUUUUUACAAGUUCAACACCCCCAUAAAGUCGUCUGCAUUUGACAAGAAGGUUCAAUUAAUUGGGAAAAGGCAUUUAAACAUUUUUUAA